AUGUUUAAGUGUGACAGAGCCAAGUGUAUGGAGACCUGUGUAGUCAUCCUGGAUGGGAUAAGACGUGGCCGACCAAGAGCAGACACAGUUCGUGACCUAAUAAAUGAAGGAGAGCAUUCAUCUAGCAGAAUACGUUGCAAUAUCUGCAACAGGGUGUUUCCGCGGGAGAAAUCACUGCAGGCACACAAGCGAACCCAUACUGGUGAAAGGCCUUAUUUGUGUGACUACCCAGACUGCGGGAAAGCCUUUGUUCAGAGUGGGCAGCUCAAAACUCACCAGCGCCUUCACACCGGGGAAAAGCCGUUUGUCUGCUCGGAGAAUGGUUGUUUGAGCAGAUUCACGCACGCAAACCGUCACUGCCCCAAGCAUCCUUAUGCCCGUCUGAAGAGGGAAGAGCUCACAGACAUACUCAGUAAAAAACAGACGGCUGAUAACAAAGCUGUGGCUGAGUGGCUAGCAAAAUACUGGGAGACCAGAGAACAGCGGGCCCCUGCUUUGAAAAGUAAAGCAAUCCAGAAAACGGACCAGGAGCAGCAGGACCCAAUGGAGUAUCUGCAGUCCGACGAGGAGGAUGACGAGGACAAGAACAGCGCUCUGUCGGCCGCGCAGCGCCGCCGCCUCCAGGAGCAGCGCGAGCGCAUGCACGGCGCCCUGGCCCUCAUCGAGCUCGCAAACCUGGCCGUGGCACCGCUGCGGCAGUAG